AUGUCGAACCUGCCGCCAGAGCGGAUAGGACGCAACGAGACUCGAACGCUGACAGACUUCUUCACCUCUUCUUCUACUCUUCAGCAGAGAUGUCUCGUUCAGGCAGUCUCUGCACUGCAGACACUCGCCCUUCUCCCAUCUUUUGGACUCGCGGAUGCAAUACAAGUCUGUCAGAGCCUGUUUGAUAAUGUUGACAUGCCCGUGAAUGUUCAAUCGACUCGCCUCCUCGUCUUCAGGCUCAUCGACACGAUGAUGGCCCAUCACAGGAGAGCGCUGAAGAGAAUGGGCAACACAUUCUUGUCAGGCUACUGCAAGCUUGCCACCGGCGAGAAGGAUCCCAGAAACUUGCGACUUGCAUUCUCUAUCGCUCGCGUCAUCCUUGUCGAGUUCGAUAUUGCAGAGCGAGUAGAGGAUCUCUUUGAUAUCACCUUUUGCUACUUUCCAAUCACAUUCACGCCUCCGCCAGGAGAUCCCUAUGGCAUCUCGAGCGAGGAUCUGCAGACAGCUCUCCGGGCCUGCCUUAGCGCAACUCCUCGCUUCGGUCCUCUCGCGCUUCCGCUUUUCCUCGACAAGCUUCAAGCCGCCGUGCCAGCUGCAAAGCAACAAACUCUUAGGGCUCUAUCGGCCUGCUUUCCCGUCUAUGGUCACAUAAUCGUGCAAGAACACGCUCGAACCUUCUGGGAAGCCUUCAGCGUCGAAGUCUUUCACGCCACCGAGACUGAGACAGAAGAAUGUGCUCUCGAUGCUCUCGUCUCGCUGCUCAACACUAUGCACGCCGAGUCUAUCGAUGAAGGCAAGGACACCGUCGCACAACGCAUGAUCAACGUUUGCUGCGAGGAGCUCAACGAACCCGACAAGCAAAAGGCGCAGGCUGCUAUCAAAAUCCUCAGUGCAGCUCUCACGUCGAGUCCGGUCAUCAUCAGCGUCGUUACUUCCAGAGCCUUCAGACAUCUCAUAAGGCUCUGUUCGGAUCUUGAGGAGCCUGCAUUGCGACCAGCCGUAUUGAAGUCACUUGCCAGCCUUCUCACGUCGAUAGCGCAAACAGACGCUGCUCAGCAUGUAGCAUCACCCGUUCUGCUUCCCCUCAAGGAUGACCUGAUCAGUCUGUUCGGCUCUGGCAUGCGUUUCGAGUCCUCACGUUUGUCUUCCAUCGACGGACUCGUACAGUUGACCCUUAUCCGCGACCUGUUGCCAAAGAAUGAAGUCGCCUUCGUCGUGCAGCAAUUAAACGAAGUCUUCAUCGAUACAUCAGCUUCAGGAGCUUCGAACCUGGCUCUCGCUGGCAUGGUCAGAGUGGCAAAGCUCCAUGCAGGCGUGAUUGAGCAUGUCACCCUGCCCGUCAUCUUGUCAGCGCUACCAACGACGGCUGAUGUCUUACUAGACCCAGAAGCGGUGGUAGCCUACAGGCAUGCGCUCGGUGCUCUCUCAUCCUUGUGCCUCGACGGCGCGCUCUUCGAGAUGAUGACGAUUCGUGUACUAGCUCGGCUGGAAGUCAUGCUUCCCCAGGUUGCGACUCGUCCGUGCUUGACAUAUUGUCAUCACCUCCUUCUUACCCUUUCAAACGUACUGGCGACCAAAGCAGCACGCGGAGAUGUCGAUAUUGCUCAUCAUACCUCCCGUCUGAUCUCAUCUAUCUCGAGGAUUUUUGUGGUACCGAAUUUGUCUAACGAAAAGGUCGCAUGCGCAUCUGCAAAUCUACAACUCUUACAAGAUGCUGGUCGUGUCAUCGAGCUUAUCGUUCGAUCCCAUACUGUAGAAGAUCAAAAGAAUCUGUCGUUGCUCAUCACGGCAGCUUACCAGGGUGAUUACACGCCACUCAUCGAUCAGACGGACAAACGUAUGCAAGUCGAAUUUGAUCCGUUGUGUCAUGCCGCACAGAGCCGAUGCUUGAUCCUGCUGGCAUAUGCUCAGCUAUCUCUUCGCCCCGAAGCAUUGUUGCUGGACCUCGAGCCCGGUGCAUUCGUCCAGCAGGUCCUGAGCGCUGCAUUACACAUGAGAGACCCGACCAUCCUUCGAGCGGCCUCACAGCUGCUUGCCUGCGUUGUCAAUAAGCUGCGAGCAAGGCUCGAUCCCUCCGUCCUGCUGCAAUUCGAAGCAACCUGGCUCGAAUUAAGGCAGCGCUCAGCACAUUCAGCGCAAAGCCUGCGACUCUUUGGCUGGCUCACCCGGGCACUAGUGGUGCGCGGCGAUCCAGAGGGCUACAAAUGGACUGACCGACUAUUGGCGACGUUCGUCGAGCCAGAAAUCGGUCGCGAGGCUGCAAAGGCCCUUGCGAUCAUACCUGACGACACCGACGAGAUGCUGUCGAGAGAGUCCUUUGCAGUCAUCAAGAUGCUGUACAGGCAGCGCUACUGUACAUACGUUUUGCGUAAGCUAAUGUCAGCAUAUCCAAGCGCACAAGGUGAAGCGCAGAAUGUCCUACUAAUCGCGCUGUCGUCUCUGCUCAAGCACGUCCCCCAGCAGAUCUGCGUCUCGGAAUCGCCCAAUCUGAUGCCGAUGUUACUUUCAGCUCUCGAAGUGACCGACGAUGAGCUGCUCGCAAACGUGCUGGACACCUUUGCGAUGCUCGCUCUUACUGCGCCGGAGUCGGUCAUUCCACACGUUUCGAUCCUCGUCAAUGCGCUCAUACGCAGCUGCACUCUGACAGCCAAGUCGGACAGUGCGACUGCUGCCGCUGCCCGCAUCUCAGCACUGAAAUGUUUGGCGGCGUUCCCGGAUAUGGUGCCCUACCUCAAACUGCAUCCACAGAAAGCGACAGUGCUGCGCGCGCUCGGCAAAGCUGUGGAUGAUCCCCGGAAGCCGGUCCGCAAGGCCGCGGUCGACUGUCGAUCAAAGUGGUACAAGUAUACAUCGUGAGAUCUAACUAGACGGUACACCCAGUUGUUGUCUGACAAACGCACGAAUAGAAGCCUCAUAACCUGCUCGGUCAGUGCGAUAGGCCUUGCUUGCGUCUACAUUUGCUCCUGAUUCAAUGUUGGGCUCUGCAAGCAUGGAAACGACGCUGAGCAAGACCUUGUCGACAGACUGGACUGGCGACCAUCGCUCGCUCGAUGAUUCGUACUGGUUCGGAUCGUCGCCGGGACUAUGCAGAAUGGAGAUACAGACCUCCCCGUUCGCAUAGACUGUUGGGAUGGAACAAGGGCGGCGUGAAGCGCAUCU